GGAAACACGGCUCGUACGUUCGUUUGACUUUGUUGGAUCCCAUCACCUCCACGGGGUGUCGCUUUCAGUCCCUUGGCCAAGACAGGGGCCCGAGGCCCCAAGCAGGUGUAACACGGCGUUUCCAUUCACUGUGACGUGGUGCCGUGGAACGGACCAGUGUGCACGUUUCUUACGUCUUCGAAGGAAAUCCUUUUGUUUGCUCUGCCUUGACAAACACUGGCUCGGCUACCGCAAGAGACGUAGACGAUUUCUGAAAGAUCAGCAACUGUGUCAAAAAAUGCAUACACGCGGUUUUGUUACGAAGAACAAAAGUGAUUAUUGACAGCGGAACCUGUCAAUCCGUGAUAAUUGGGUACUGAUAAUUGACACUGUUCGCUCUUCGGUAAAUAUUAUCGUAGAACAGCAUUCAACGAAUAGAGCCUUCUUGUUUUAUUGUCUGACAGUGGUGGAAUGCUAGAGAACAGUCGCGCUUGCUUGUGGUGUUUAAUCGUGAUACGCGACACAGUCGUACGACGAUGAGAAUGUAAAAUGUGAGAGAAGUGAAAAUGUGAUUCGUCGAUGUAUUGAAGAGUCUUCGUGCGAGAGUUUGCAUCCGCGACACGUUGAAAAGGAAACGGUCGUAAUGGUUUUCUUCGGGAGAAAGGAAAAGAUAGAAGAUCGCCGAUUGUUGGCCAGCAUCGACGCCGUGAACGGCGCCAAACUAUAUCAAAUAGAAAAUGCCGCCUUCAUGCACGUACGCGACAACCUGGACGAGCUGGGCAAGGUGGCCGACGACACGGACCUCCUGUUCCUCAAGGGCCUCCUGGACAGCCCUGUGGUCACGUCUCUGGUUAAGGUCCAGGAGCGUCUGGAGGAUCCUCCACUCCACGUGGAACCGGUAUGCUCGUCCAUUUGUGACAUCGUCGACGAGGUGUGCCACGCACUCCGCUCCUCCAGAGACGAGAACGCACGCGAGCUUGUACGAUUGCUGAGGAGCUCGCAUCUGAAAGCGCUUCUGGAGACGCACGACGCGGUUGUCAAACGGAAAGAACAGCCAUCGAAACCGGAACCACCGCUAUUAAUAAUGCCUACCAACGAGAGGACAGAAGCUGUGAGGAUGGUCGGCCUUAGAAGGCAACCUGACGAACCUUUGGGUCUGACGGUGCAGGUCGACGAAUCUGGCAAUUUGAUCAUCGCCAGGAUCCUGGGCGGAAGCACUGCUGCUCGUCAAGGACUUCUGAGAACCGGCGAGGUGAUCCUCGAGGUGAACGGAAAGGAAGUUCGCAAUCCUGAGGAACUUCAAGAAGCCAUUCACGAGGCGAAGGAGAAUUUGUCGUUGAAACUUGCACCUGGAGUCGCCUCCGAUGGCAAUCUACCUGUGAAAUCUACGUGCUAUAUGAGGGCCCUGUUCGAUUAUGAUCCAUCAGAAGACACCUUGUUACCGUGCAAGGAAAUUGGACUUCCGUUCCAGAAAGGUGACGUAUUGCAAAUCGUGGAUCAGGCGGAUCCAAACUGGUGGCAAGCUCGACGAGUUGAGGGCGAAGGUCUAGGUCCUCCGGGUUUAGUUCCGUCACUGGAGUUAGAAGAACGGAGGAAAGCGUUCGUGCCACCGGAAGCGGAUUUCGUACACAAGAUUAGCAUCUGCGGGACCAAAAUCUCAAAAAAGAAGAAGAGGAAAAUGUACCAAUCAAAGUCCAAUGGUGAAUUUGACAGUGCAGAACUGCUGUUGUACGAAGAAGUGGCCAGAAUGCCACCAUUUAGACGUAAAACCUUGGCACUGGUUGGUCCGAGAGGUGUUGGCCGCAGAACAUUGAAGAAUAGGCUUAUAAAUAGCGAUCCCGAGAAAUUUGGCACCAUUGUUCCGUAUACCUCACGACCACCUAGAGUACUCGAGGAAGAUGGCAAAAGUUAUUGGUUUACCGAUCGCGAAUCGAUGGAAACGGACAUUAGAGAGCAUCGUUAUCUCGAGUACGGAGAACACGGUGGCCAUUUGUAUGGUACAAAGUUGGAUUCUGUGAGGGAGUUGAUCAGAGCUGGGAAAAUGUGCGUUUUGGACUGUAGUCCAGCUGCUUUAAAAAUACUUCACAACAGCACGGAAUUUAUGCCCUAUGUCAUCUUCAUAGCGGCGCCAGGAAUGGAACAAUUGAAAUGGUUGUACGAUCUGGCGAGAUCAACUGGAACUAGCAAUCGAAAUUUGACGUUUGACCGCCAGAGUUCCAUCAGGUACAGCUCGAGAAGAGCCAGAACACUGGAGUCCCUUGCUUCUCUCUACGAGGAAGACGAUUUGAAAGCAACAUUGGAAGAAUCGGCGGCUUUGCAGCGUGCCUACGAGAAAUAUAUCGAUUUGGUAAUCGUGAACGAAGAUUUCGAUAAUACAUUUAGACAGGUAAUCGCCGCGUUGGACGCCUUAGCCACUGAACACCAAUGGGUUCCAGUAAAUUGGAUCUAUUAAACACCAUUCAGAUCAUCUGAGGGAACAAGUAGUUUCAGAAUACACGGCCCAAACUCAGACUUUCGAGCGAAGUAAAGAAUUAUUGCACUGUUUUCUGUAAAACAGGCAGUGCCGAUAUACUCGGUAUCGAGUGCAUCGUUAUUAUAUUUAUAGCGUCAUAUCGCCGUGCAAUGGAACAAUUUUAUGGUCGUACUAUGUGUAUACAGAGUUUUGGUGUGUUGUGUAUAUUGUCUUGAUCGAAUGUAUAGAUAUUUUUAAGCAAAUGACGCACUCGAAUCGGGCAAGGAAGGUAUUAGAAGUCUUCGAGCAACCAGCUGGUUUCUGAAACGAAAGCGACGAACUUCAAACAUGCCCAUUCUUCUUCUACUUACGAUUAGAACAAAUACUCGGAGCUAUGAAAGCCAACGACAGAUAGUAUCUCGUGUUACGAUGCCGUUUCUAGCAAGUACAAUCGUUUAGCAUUUACUUUAUUUCGUUUUAGGUUUACGAAACGAUCCGUUCGCCUUCUAAAUUUCAUAAAUUCGCACACUGAGAACAGAAAGAUUUAGUUAGAAAUUCGCACGGACAUCAUUCAAAGAUACAAGAAAAUGAUAAAAGAAUAACAGAAAAUUAGAUACCCUUUGCUAACAUAAUUUAAAGGCUAACAAAGUGAAAAAGUAGGACAAGUGUAUCUUUUUUCUCAAAAAUGUAGUUUUUCACGUUAAUCGCAGUAGUGUUAUAAAAAAUUCUCGCAUACAUUCCCCUUUAUUGUUUAGGACAAUUAAUCGAAAACGGGUCGCGAUUAGAGUAUACAUUAUGAACCGCCGUCCAAUUAUUUUUAGAAUACGCCUAGUUUUAAUUUUUCUCGAACCAUGAGCCUGCAUAUGUACGUACGUUUAUUUAGUUUUCGUCAUAGGAUGUACUUUUCUUUUAUAGAGAUAUCUAUUAUAUAUAUAUACAUAUUAUACAUUAUACUAUAUUUCAUGGAUCCUGUUUGUACCACUUGUGCACGUUGAACAUAUUCCUGGCAUAGAGUGCCUUAAUAGCGCAGCCCUUUAACCGGCUUGCGGCGAAGACCUACUAUGUCGAGACGAGAUAUUCUCAGAUACUCGAGAGUUUUACGUAAGACACGUCUAAUAACACGUUUUUUCUAAUGCUCUGACACGCAUACACGCGGAAACAUGACCGUUGCACAUCAUUGUACAUGCGUUUAGCCGGAAGUUUCCGAUUGUGCCACGUGAUAUACGGAAAAAUAAAGUUUAUCGAGCGUU